AUGAUACCUCGUCCAAUAAUGAUUGCUACUACGAACACUGAAACAUCAACGGCAACUAAAAGAACUCUUUUUCGUAUAGCAUUAUGUAUUGCUAUGGUUGGUUCAGUUAUUGUUAGUGCAUUAUUAUGUCUACAAAGUGGAUUAUCAAUUGGUCGUAUUCGACAUUUUAUUGAUAUCGGUCAGCUUCCACUUCCUAUUACAUCAGCACUUUUGGCUUUUUUCGCUCUUCUAUCAGUAUUAACAUUUGUUAUUUUAACAAUCGGUUUAAUUAAAGUGAAAAGAAAUUUUGCUAUUAUAGCUGCUGGCCUAUUAAUUAUAUGCUCAUUGGGUCUCAUUACAUUUAGUAUAUGGUCAUUUUUGACAAUCUCAGGUGAACAAUUACAAAAAUCAAUUAAUGAUACAUUAGUCAAAGAAUUAGAUCAAACACAAUACAUUCUUUAUAAUGGAAAUAAUAUUACUAUUGAUAAUACCGUUAAAAUGGCACGAUUAGAAAAACAACAUCAAUGCUGUGGUCUUGCAGAACCCAUUGAAGAUUAUCUUAGUCGACAACCUUCUAACAUCCGAUCGGCAGCAGCAGCAUCCGCUAGCAGCGGUACAAAAGGGCGAACAACACAAUAUCAAAAAAAUCCAUCAACAUCUGGAUCACCUAUUCUAUUACCAAUUAGUUGCUGUAAUGAGAAAUAUCGUUCAAAUGAAAAUAAUUUGUGUUUGGAUGUUUAUGGAAAUAAUUCAAACCCAAUAAAUCGCUAUAAUACAGAAGGAUGUCUUGCUGUGAUUGCACGAGAAAAAUUUCAACGCAUUCAAAAACAAGGUUUUAUAAUUAUUGUCACUGCCUGUUUAGCCGUUAUCAGUUGUAUUGCAUUAGCCGCUGUUAUUAGACUUUUAAAUGAAGGUUAUCAAGUUGUACCAUUACCAAUUACAACAUGA